CACCGGAAAAACUUCAAAAUCAGUUUGGAUGAUAUACUUCCCUCUGUAAAGCGCCGGCGGGAGCUCCUUUCCACAGAGCUCGAGCUCAAUAGCAAUGGAGUCGCUGUCGUCCCUCCUCUCUCCGAAUCCGCCUCUCCAAUUCAUGCCCCCUCGCAGACCCUCCUCAAUCUUGGCGUCCGCGACUUCGCUCUCUUCCCCGACGCUCGCGUGCACCGCGCCCCCGCGAAGAAAAGCUUCGACGCGAGCGCCGUCGACGAAACGCUCUUCAAGAACCUCCAGGACGGCGCCGUCUCCUUCUCCAACUCCAACUAUCUUAACGACGGACGCCGCCGAAGCUCCUCCUGUGGCGGCUAAGAAGGUCCUAAUACCAAUCGGAUUUGGCACAGAGGAAAUGGAAGCUGUGGUGCUAAUUGAUGUGCUUCGCCGAGCUGGCGCAAAUGUGACGGUGGCUUCUGUGGAGCCACAGCUCCAGGUUGAAACUUCUGGUGGUGUUAAACUUGUCGCUGAUGUCUCAAUUGCAGAAUGCUGUGAUGAAGUUUAUGAUCUAGUGGCAUUGCCGGGAGGAAUGCCUGGCUCAGCACAGCUAAGGGAUUGUGAAAUUCUUCGAAAAAUCAUGAGCAAACAGGCUGAGGGAAAGAGGUUAUAUGGAGCUAUAUGUGCUGCUCCUGCAGUCACACUGCUCCCCUGGGGCCUUCUGAAACGAAAGCAGACUACUUGUCACCCUGCAUUCUUUGACAAGCUCCCCACUUUCUGGGCCGUUAAAUCCAAUAUUCAAGUUUCAGGAGAGCUUACAACUAGCCGUGGUCCUGGAACUUCAUUCCUUUUUGCUCUGUCCUUAGUGGAACAGCUCUUCGGUGAGUCUGUCGCUGUGGAACUUGGAGAAUCCUUGCUGAUGCGCGAUGCUGAUGAUAAUUCUCCAAACAAAGAGUUCAACAAAGCUGAGUGGGUUGUGGACCAUAAUCCUCGCGUCCUAAUUCCAAUUGCAAAUGGUUGUGAGGACAUUGAAGUGGUAACUAUAGUGGACAUUCUACGACGAGCCAAAGUAGAUGUGGUGGUUGCUUCAGUUGAAAGACAUUUGCAGAUUUUGGCAUCGCAAGGCACAAAAAUUGUUGCUGACGAGUUAAUUGGCGAUGCUGCAGAAACAAGCUAUGACUUGAUCAUUCUUCCAGGAGGAACCGCUUGUGCUGACCGUUUACAUAAGUCCAGAAUUUUGAAAAAGCUGCUAAAGGAGCAAAAUUUGGCUGGAAGAGUAUAUGGAGCGAUCUGCUCUUCGCCAACAAUCUUACACAGACAGGGUUUACUGAAGGAUAAGAAAUUCACUGCACAUCCAUCUGUUGCAAACAACCUCGCCUGUGACGGAGUGGAUGGUGCUAAGGUGGUCAUUGAUGGGAAGGUGAUCACGACCAGGGGACUCGCAUCUGUCACAGAUUUUGCAUUGGCUAUCAUUAGCAAACUUUUUGGCCAUGGAAGGGCAAGGAGUGUUGCAGAAGGCCUCGUUUUUGAGUACCCCAGAAGUUAGGGAGGUUCAUGGGCUUAGUCCACAAAAGUCACAAUUUCCGGCUCAUUAUCCCAGUACUUAGAGAGCCAUGUUUUUGCAUGGACAAUGCUUUAAUGGGCCAUUUUGGGGUUCUUCAGCUGGAUGGAGAGAAAUUUUGUUCCUCCUUUUAUUGCAGAAUUAUGUGAAAGCUGCUCAUUCGAGAAAAUUCUAUGCACUUUGUGCGGGUGCUGAUCAGCAGAUCCUGCCGUGGCUAAUGCAGAUGGGCUGUGGAUGAUUCAUUUGCUCCUGAUCCAAUCACAUUUUCAAGAUGGACCGAUGAGGAC